AUGUCUUCUGGCCAAGUCGACGCUGACAACACCGGCAACGGAGGUGCCGGCGACAUCCACAGCAGCCACGAGCACGAUCAUACUCAGAGCCUGUUUGGAUCAGGUCUAGUCAAGGCGUCGGGGAUGCACUUCGACAGCGAGCCUUACACUCACGUCGGCGACACACUCUCGAACGAGCAGAGCGAAACAAAGGAUGCAUCCCGCCUCGACGUCUCUUCGGACCACCAUGCUUCGCACCAGUCGCCCCCGGUCAACGGUGUCACCUCGCCGCAGCAGCAGCAGCCGCCCCCACCCGCGCCCCAGCAGCAACAGCAACAGCAGCAGCAAGAGUCGCACGGCAAUGCAGCGCUGACACCUCACCCCGAACCGCCGCAGCCGGAGCCAUCUGGGGCGGCCGAAGAUGGAGCCCAGGCACCCAUCGACGACGGCCAACCGGACCAGCACGACCUUACCCACGCCGCCACGCUCCAGGCACUCGCCGAACUCCAGUCCAGUUCGGUCUCGGCCGCCUAUGCGGAGGCUCCAAAGGACACUACAGCGGCCAGCAGCCACCCUCAGGAUGGCCCGAGCGCGGGCGACGACGCGACUGCGAGCCGCGAGCCUGGCGCUGCACCAGCCAACGGCAUCCCGAGCGACGCCCCUCAAGGCCCCGAACAGGCGUCCAGCUCCGCUACCGGCGACUCUCAAGCCGCUCCCGCUGCUUCAACGGCCGAGCCAACGCUGUCCAAGAAGAUUGCCGAAGACCUGCGAGGGAUCCACGCUGCUGCCGCGACGAUUGCCAACUUCACUGCCGCCCACAUCAACAAGGGCGCCAUCCCUCGGGCCAUCGAUGUGCAGGCCGCCGUCGGGCGAGCGCUCAGCAUCACCCAGGCACUGACCUCGCUGCUGUCAUCGCCCGAGAUCGCGGCCGCCGCGCCCAACGACGACCAGACGCGCAGCCUGUACGAUUUCUCGGCUCCAUCGACGCCGAGCCGCGCCGGUCCGCUCAACAUGCUCGCCACCUACUCUCCUUACGACCUCUCGGUAUUUUCCAGCGGGCGAAAGCGGGGCGGUGGCGGCCCCAGGCAGAGCACCGCGCGCAAGCGUCGACGCUCGGAAAAGGGCGAUGCCAAGGCCGAACCUGGCGGCGAUGCCGCUGCGGGCGGCAACCAGUCCGGCUCGGGCCAAACACAGGCCGGAGGCGACGCGCCGAGGACGCCAGGAGGCUCGACCCUUGGCCCGGACGACAGCAUGGACGCGACGGGCUCGUCGGCCAAGGAUUCUUCGGAGCACAAGGGACCCGUGUACAAGAAGCGCAGCCGGGCGCCCGUCAUGUCGCCUUGCGCUUCGUGCGGCACGCUCGAGACGCCCGAGUGGCGGAGGGGUCCCGAUGGCGCGCGCACGCUGUGCAAUGCGUGCGGGCUGCACUACUCCAAGCUGGUGCGCAACCGGCAGCGGGCGAUGCAGGAGGAGCUGCCCGAGGGCGGCAUCCCGCUGGUCCCGCCGCCGCCAGUGACGAUCGAGGAGCUGCGCGCAUCAACCAAGGCGCACAACAUUGGCGGAGCGCCGCCCGGCCGCUCUGGUGGCGGCGCCGGCGACGGUGCUGGCCCUUCUGGGACCACGGGAAUCAACGGUACGCCAUCGCGCUCGUCGUCCGACGACCGCAGCUUCGCGAUGCCCGUAUCGAGGGCGCCGACGGGGCUCGAGUCGACGAUGGUAUCGAGCAGCGCGAGCUUGCCGCUGCUGUCGCACGCUGGUGGCCCAUCUGACGUGGCGGCGCCGACUACGACGUCCAGCCACGAUGACUCGUCGAUUGCCCCGCAGCUCCGAAACCAGGGCGUGGGCGAGAUGCAUCACUCGCCGUUGGGCGUCUCUGAUGCCCCCGCAGUCUCCUCGUCGGCCGCCACCGCUUCGAUCCCGUCGUCAUCCGCUGCGCCGGCUGUGUCCGGCGCUGCGGCUGUGGGCGCGAUGCAAAUGCACGACGACAGCACCGUCCACGUCCCGGCUGCCCCGACGCCGGCUCCGAUCAUGACGGCGGCGGAAGGCUCGCACGAUGAGACGAGCAAGACGAUGGGCAUGGAUGCGAGCAUCCAGGCUGGGCAGCAGGCGGAGCCGCCCGCGCACCAGCUUGGCGCGACGACGGGCGACGAGAGGCCGAUGGAUGAGGCCUAG